AUGCUCCAAGCUUUUGCUGCUCCUUCUCUGUAUGGGGCUCACACCCAUAGUCCUGGGCUCAUUGUUGAGACAUCCUCGGGCUCGAUCCAUGGCCUUGUCAACCGUUCCACACCUGAUGUCCGCCAAUUCCUCGGUGUCCCAUUUGCGGAACCUCCCGUAGACAACCUACGAUUCGCCAAACCAGAGAAAAAGAAGCCAAACGGAAUUGUCAAGGCCUUCAAUCUUCCUAAUUCCUGCAUGCAGCAGUUCAACACGAAUAGUUCCACAAUCUACACUACAUACGAGAAGGGCUUUUUAAUCAGCGGCGGCAAUUCCGAGGACUGCCUGUACCUCUCGAUAUGGGCACCCAAACUUGAGAAUAUUCGGUUACAGCAGCGACCAUUGCCCGUUCUGCUCUACAUUCCUGGUGGUGGCUUUACGAGCGGGGGUCAAGCUUCAUUGUACAAGAUCCCCGAUCAAUGGGUGCAACGGACACAAUCUCAUAUAGUUGUUAUCAUGAACUAUCGAGUGAAUGUCUUUGGCUUCCCAAACGCAAAGGGUCUCGCUGACCAGAAUUUGGGGUUCUUGGAUCAAAGACUGGCUGUUGAAUGGGUCUAUGAAAAUAUUGCCAAUUUUGGUGGUGACCCGGACAGAAUUGUUCUGUGGGGGCAGUCUGCUGGUGCAGGCAGUGUCACUGUUUACCCCUAUGGAUAUCCCGACAAUCCCAUCGUGGCAGGGCUUAUCGCGGACUCUGGUGGACCUGAAAUUGUCGGUGGAAGUGAUUCGGCGCAGACAAACUUUACAUAUCUUGCGGAACUUGUCGGAUGCAAGAAUCUUGGACCUGAAGAUGAGAUUGCUUGUGUCAGGAAAGUCCCAGCUCAAGAUUUGGAGAACGCAUUAUCUUGGUAUUCUGGGAAUAACACCAGUCCAUCAAUCUCAUUCAAACCUGUCGCUGAUGGCAAGACUGCGUUUGCCAACUGGACCCAAAGGGUAUUGGAAGGAAAGAUUGCCAAGAUUCCGUUGAUUAUAGGUAGCAAUACAAACGAAGGGGCUGGCUUUGUCUCCUUCACCCCUGAUGGACCAGGGCAGACAGCACUGGACAAAGCGACAAAAAUCAUCAGUUGUCCUGUCGCAGCGGAAGUAAAGAAUCGCAACGCUGGGGAUCUUCCAACGUACCGAUAUCAGUAUGCGGGUAAUUUCUCUAAUAUUUCGCCCCUGCCUUGGUUUGGCGCCUAUCACAGCUCCGAACUACCUUUGCUCUUUGGAACCCACUCUGAAUACGGAGGCCCUUCGACAAGCUUCGAAUGGAAUGUCAGCUACGCGAUGGAGGCUUUGUGGCUCAGCUUCGCUGAGGACCCAGAUCGAGGGCCUGUGCGACUUGCCAUUGGGGGUGAUGUUGCUGAAAAUCCCACCAAAACCAGCUUUUUCGCAUGGCCUCAGUUCCAGCAAGGGUCUUCUAACUUGCUGCUAUUGGCCGAACAGAACAAAGUCAUGCAACUUGUAUCUUCGAAGAGUAUUGAUGAUGGGUGCUCUAGCUCGUAA